AUGGACAGGUCUGUGUACGAAGCCUGUAGCGAUUUGAUCACGAUUGCCGGCCGGAAGGCCAGUGCGGACGAGAUACUGGCGCAGAAGAUAGGAAAUCUGGUACCGAUUCCUUUUAAGUCGAGAGAAGAUCUCGAGGCCGUUUCGCGACAGGAUAAAAAAGAGGGUGUAUACACAGGAGAACUGAUACCAGAUAUGGAUCUGCAGGUACUUCACUAUUUUGCCACGCAACUGAUUGUGCAGCGCUAUCCGCACUUGAUAAACUGUUUCGAAGAGACGGGGCUCUUGACGCUGGGUCUUUUAGUCGAAGAAUUGGUCGCCAGUUAUCUCCGAAACGAGGAGGAAGUCGACGGGGCUGGCGUUGCCGCUAUCGAAAAACACGUCAAUUACCGUGACUCGCCCUCGAACAUUUGA